CAAUUCGGCAUUUUUUUCGUUAACAUUGGUUUUUUUUUUUUUAGAAAUACGCUUCUUAAGUGGUUGUCCUGACGUGUUUAACAGGCCUUGUGAAUGGGAAGCCACUAGGAGCUGAGUGAUAACUGGGCAGGUUGUGCACCAUGAAGAAGUUUUCUUCUGUCCUGGCCAGGACACUGACUUCUGGGACCAGUGGCUCCCUCCCUCUUCCUGACAUGUCUGAAGGACACUCACCCAUUCAUGUGAAUAAUGUGCGAAGCAGAUUGAGGGAUAUAGUGGGAGCAUCUACCAACUGGAGGGAUCAUGUACAAGCAAUGCAAGAAAGAAAGGCUCUUCAUACUUUACUGGCAAAACGGCAGGAGGAUCUGCCUCCUAGGAGAAUGAAAGAUAGCUACUUGGAAGUUAUCCUACCUCUAGGGAGCCAACCUGAAAUAAGAGAGAAGUACCUGAACGUAUACAAUAGUGUCAGGUUUGGAAGAAUUCUUGAAGACCUUGACAGUUUAGGAGUUCUCAUUUGCUACACUCACACGAAGCAGGAAGCGCAGCCCAGGUCUCCCUUAUCGAUCGUUACAGCCCUGGUGGAUAAAAUCAAUCUGUGCAAAAAGAUCAUAUAUCCAGACUGUGACAUCAAAUUCACUGGCAAUGUUUCCUGGGUUGGGAGGACCUCAAUGGAAGUGAAGAUGCACAUGCUGCAGCUACACGGUGGUGACUACAGCCCUGUGUUAGAUGCAACCUUUGUCAUGGUGGCCCGGGAUCCAGAGAACAAACGACCAGCAUUUGUUAAUCCACUGAUUCCUGAGACCCCUGAGGAGGAGAAGAUCUUCAAGGAAGGGGAAGUUAACAAGACGAAGAGGAUUGAUUUUAGCACUGCCUCUCUACUGAAAAUGGCUCCCACUGCAGAAGAAAGAAACAUUGUUCAUGACAUAUUCCUUGAUACGCUGGACCCAAGGACAGUGAGUUUCCGGAGUCGUAUAUUGCCACCCAAUUCAGUGUGGAUGGAAGAUGCGAAGCUGAAGAGCCUACAGAUUUGCCACCCUCAGGAACGGAACAUCUUCAACAGGAUCUUUGGGGGGUUUCUCAUGAGGAAGGCUUUUGAACUGGGAUGGGCAACUGCCUGCAGCUGUGGGGGUUCCAGACCUUUUAUCGUAUCUGUUGAUGACAUCAUGUUUCAGAGACCAGUUGAAGUUGGAUCCUUGCUACUGCUUUCUGCACAGGUUUGUUAUACAGAAAAAAACUAUAUCCAGGUUCGAGUACAUAGUGAGGUUUUUGAUGCAGAUACCAGAGAACAUCAUACAACCAAUAUCUUCCAUUUUACAUUUAUGUCGGAAAAGGAGGUCCCACGGAUUGUCCCCAAAACAUAUGGAGAGUCCAUGUUGUAUUUGGAUGGGAAGCGACACUUCACUGCAACCCUGAGAGAGAUCUGAGAGGCUGCCUGCUCUGAACGGGAUCAGGCGCCGGCGAUGACCAGCAGACAGCUGCCAAAAAAAAAGAGGCCUCUUCUAGCACUGUUUAUGUACUUGCCUAUAAGGGGUUUCUUUGUCUCUGCUACUAGCUUCUUUUUUAUUUUAAUUUUUAUUUGAACCCUUGAUGCAGGUUAUUUUUAGGGAAAAAAGUGAAAAAAAAUCAUCUCAAUCUUUAAAGAGCUUCUGCCUGUCUACUUUUAGAGAUCUCCUUGCCAUCUUGUCACCAUCUGCCUUAUUUCCCUUGAUAGUCCCUCUGGGUUUCUCUGAAGGGUAGAAGUUCUGUCAGAAGAGCAGUGGAUAAACGUAGAUGAAGCCGUGUUGACCUACAUCAGUGUGUCACUUGGGUUCAGGAUCUUGUUUUAACAAAGGCACAAGUAUAUGGACGGCAGCAGCAGCUCAGGUGUUGCUGGAGUGCCCCCACAAUACGAGUGGGUGCAUAGACAAGCAGGUGUUUUCCACCAGCUGGGAUUUUACAGGGUUGUUGCAGCCUCUGUUUUGGAGGCUUUUCUGUUCCCGGGGGAGAGGCUGGGUUAUGUAAAGAGAGAAAAUGGCCAGAUGGGCUGUUCUGCAUUGGGAGAGAGCUGCUAGCCUCUUGUAAAAGAUGUGUGUCGGGGGGAGUUGUGUCUUUGUUGCUAUAACUGCAAGCACGUUCCUGAAUGAGUUAUUCCUGAUAGGCUGUCUGAUUGAGAUUGGGAGAUGGGUUAAUUGAGGUUGGAAUUGGAGAAAGGACAAUGCUGCUAAAAUGGAAAUGGUCGUAUUUGAUAAAUGCAGGAGUUAGGGGCCCAGAGAAUGUGUUGAGCAGCUCCCAGGUGAGCUGCUGCACGGUGAGAGAAGGUUGUUCCCACCUCUGUGUAGGGCAGGACUCCGAUGGAGUGAGUAUUGCUCUGCUUUAGAGGUUUCUCUCUAAAUAAUCUAAAUUUUAAUGUAGAUUAUU